CGGACGCGAUCUUCGCUGUUCCUAAUCGGACGGCCGGGACUCGAUCGUCAGCAUAAGGAUCAUAAUUUUGGAAGAUAGUGUUUAUGGAUUCUAAUGGCCAUAUUAGGGGUAACCAAAGGAAUCAUGUUUCUAUGCAAAAUGGUAACACAAUCUGUACAACUUCUGUUGAUGAGCUGGAUCCGUGGACCGCUUGGCUGUACAAACCUCACACAGUUACGUUGCUGUUUAUUGGUGCAUGUAUUCUCAUUUGGGUAAGUGGGGCUCUUGAUCCGGAACGAACAUCAACCAAUGAUCUAGUUACAUCUGUGAAAAGGGGUGUUUGGGCAAUGAUUACAGUGUAUCUUGCUUAUUCUUUACUACAAGCCCCUUCAACGAUUCUUAUUAGGCCACAUCCUGCCAUUUGGCGUGUAGUUCAUGGGAUGGCUGUCAUAUACCUUGUUUCAUUAACAUUUCUCCUUUUUCAGAAUCGUGAUGAUGCUCGCCAAAUCAUGAAAUAUCUGCAUCCUGAUCUUGGUGUUGAACUUCCUGAGAGAUCCUAUGGUGCUGAUUGCCGAAUCUAUGUUCCUGAAAAUCCUACGAACAGGUUUAAGAAUGUUUAUGAUACUGUGUUUGAUGAGUUUGUUCUAGCCCAUGUUCUCGGGUGGUGGGGGAAAGCCAUCAUGAUUCGUAAUCAACCUCUUCUUUGGGUGUUAUCAAUUGGGUUUGAGUCAAUGGAGCUUACCUUCCGCCAUAUGUUACCGAAUUUCAACGAGUGCUGGUGGGACAGCAUUGUUCUUGACAUUUUAGUCUGCAAUUGGUUUGGUAUUUGGGCUGGAAUGCGCACUGUUUCUUAUUUUGAUGGUAGAACAUAUGAUUGGGUUGGUAUCAGCCGACAACCAACGAUUAUUGGCAAAGUCAAGCUAACACUCGGUCAAUUCACUCCAGCACAUUGGGAUAGGGAUGAAUGGCAUCCACUUCUCGGCCCUUUGCGUUUUGUUCAAGUUCUCACUCUCUGUGUUGUUUUCUUGACAGUAGAACUGAACACAUUCUUCCUCAAGUUUUGUCUUUGGAUUCCUCCAAGAAACCCUUUCAUAGUAUAUAGAUUAGUUUUAUGGUGGCUGAUUGCAAUACCGACCAUCCGUGAGUACAAUUGUUACCUAAACAACAGAAAAUCGGUAAAAAGGGUUGGACCGUUUUGUUGGCUAUCACUUGCCAUCUGCAUAGUCGAGCUUCUAAUAUGCAUCAAAUUCGGGCACGGACUGUUUCCUGCACCCAUGCCAAUAUGGAUAGUCAUUUUCUGGACAUCAAUGGUGGUUGGCCUUGUGAUGUUUUUGUCAGUAUGGUCAUGGCAACUGAUUAGGAGAAAGAAGCAAUGAAUCAAUGUAAUCUUGUUCUUAGAUUUAUCAUGGCAGUCCAUUAGCAAAAGUCAGCAAUCAGUCCUCGUAUCGGCGCCUAAUUCUUUGAUUUUUUUUCCCGAGAUGUUUUGCUAACCGAGUGUUGUAAAUGCCCAUUUAUCUUGUUAUAAUUGUAUAUAAUGUUUGUUUUGUGCUAUAACUCUUAGGUUAUAGAU